CAAGUUCAGCCGCGACUGCCUGCGGGAACUCGGGCAAAGCAUGGCUUCGCGGUACCUUUGCGUGCUACUGCUAAUUUGCGCCACUGUCUCCAAGUCCAGGGACCUAGGGGGCAGGGAGCUGCGGGAGGCAUCGCGAAUCCCUUCUUACUUCAGCCAAGAGGAGCUCGUUGCUAUGAAAGAGGCACUGAAAGGUGCCAUACAGAUUCCAACAGUGUCUUUUAGCCACGAGGAAUCCAAUACCACUGCCCUAACUGAGUUUGGAGAAUACAUUCAUAAAGUCUUUCCUACAGUGUUCAGCACCAGCUUUAUCCAGCAUGAAGUUGUGGGAAAGUACAGCCACCUGUUCACUGUGCGAGGCUCAGACCCCAGCUUGCAGCCCUACAUGCUGUUGGCUCACUUUGACGUUGUGCCUGCCCCUGAAGAAGGCUGGGAGGUGCCCCCGUUCUCUGGGCUGGAGCGUGAUGGUUUCCUCCAUGGUCGGGGCACGCUGGACAACAAGAACUCUGUGAUGGCGAUCCUGCAAGCCCUGGAGCUCCUGCUGAGCAGAAACUACAUCCCACGAAGAUCUUUUUUCAUAGCUCUGGGUCACGAUGAGGAGGUAUCAGGGACCAAUGGGGCUCAGAAAAUCGCAGCACUGCUACAGGCCAGAGGUGUCCAGGUGGCUUUCGUUGUGGAUGAGGGCAGUGGCAUUAUGGAUGGAUUCAUUCCCAACCUCAAGAAGCCCUUUGCCUUGAUUGCCGUCUCAGAGAAGGGUGCAAUUGACCUCAUGUUGAGAGUAAACAUGACUCCAGGCCACUCUUCAGCUCCUCCGCAGGAGACAAGCAUCGGCAUCCUGGCAGCCGCCAUUAGCCGACUGGAGCAGACCCCAAUGCCGAACAUGUUUGGAAGCGGGCAGUUGAAGACAAUGUUGCAUCAACUGGCAGGCGAGUUUCCCUUCCCUACCAACAUAGUCUUAAGCAACCUGUGGCUGUUUCAGCCCCUCGUAAGCAGGUUAAUGGAUAGAAACCCCAUAACAAAUGCACUGGUUAGGACCACCACAGCAGUCACCAUGUUCCAUGCCGGCAUCAAGGUGAACGUCAUCCCCCCAGUGGCUGAGGCCAUAGUCAACUUCCGGAUUCACCCUGCACAGACAGUCCAUGAGGUCCUAGAACUUGCCAAGAACAUUGUGGCUGAUGACCGAGUACAGUUCCAAGUGCUAAGAGCCUUUGACCCUCUGCCCAUCAGUCCCUCUGAUGACCAGGCUUUGGGCUACCAGCUGCUCCGCCAAACCAUACAGUCCGUCUUCCCGGAAGUCAAUAUUGUUGUCCCUGGAACUUGUAUUGGCAAUACAGACAGCCGACACUACAGGAACCUCACCACCGGCAUCUAUCUGUUCAACCCUGUCUUCUUGCAGCCUUCAGACUUCCGUAGCAUUCACGGAGUCAACGAGAAGAUCUCAGUCCACGCCUACGAGACUCAGGUGAAGUUCAUCUUUGAGUUCCUCCAGAAUGCGGACGCAGAGAGGAGGCCAGCUCCUCACGUGCACGACCUGUGACGUCAAGGAGCCAGCUGUGUCGGGGGUGCCCACCCCAAGGGGAAGGCCAAUGCUGAUAGAAGUUUUAGCCAAACCAUAUUUUAAUAUAUUGCUGGCCUGCCUCGUUUACUCCUAAACUCACCCAAAAACAAGUCCUGGAGUAUGAAAAGGUUGGCGGAACUCUGGCUUCUCCUUCCCUCCCACCAUCUGCACUGUCAACUGCCCACACUUGCCGCCUUCUUGCUCCUCCCCUUGCAAGAAGUCAGCUGUCUUCUGCUAAUUACUGAACUGCUCCACCCUUGCAGCCUGACAACAGAUGAAGUGGCUCGAAUCUUCAACCAGGUUUGCCCUAUAAAAGUGUUAAUUUAAGAUGCUUUAAUGCCUGUUUUAAGUCUCAUAUAUUGCUUCUUGCUGGAAUUUCCCCCUCCCUUCCUCUCCCCUGAGGCCUUCAUACUGAAUGCUCAACUCAUCCACUUUUACUUUGUCUGUUGAGAGGUCAUCUAAGUCGCCCAGUUGGGACUUGAACUUGCACCCCUUCUGCUUCAGCCUCUCUUAGUGCCAGUAUUACAGGCUUAUACUGCCGAGCCAGCUCAUGCUCUUCCGAACUCACAAGUGGCAUCUUUAUCUCUCCUCAUUUGGCCCUGCUUUUCUCUCCCUACUCUAAUGAUGUACUGUAAUUACCACCACAGUUGGUCAAUAAAGAGAGCUAAGCAGCA